GCACGGGAAAACCCUCAAGAUGCAAGCACUUAGAGCGGGAGAAGAAUCAAUCGACCAACUCAAGGACCAAGUUCUCAAAGAUAACGAAAUUUGGCAGACCACUACGACAGACAGAGCACAGGAAGAAUUGCCCCCAUUUUGGAAUGAUGCGCUCUGGGCUCUUAUCGCGGAAACAUGGGCACCGCCGAGAGCAGAAUGGGAGAAAGCCGAAGAUGAGCGCAAGCUGCGAGCUUUCCAUGAGAGACUAGAGACGAUGUCUUUUGGACAGCUGACCUCGGAAGAUAUUGAACGAGCAGAAAAGAAAAAAGAGGAUGCCAAAUUGGCUCAUCAGUGGAAAACAGUCGCCACCAGACACGUCUUGCUCGAAACCCUUGAGAAGUAUCAACUACCAUGGAAGUGGCAUGAGGGUCAUCACGAAUGCAUUGUGAUCAAGAAGAGUAUAAGCCCUGAUUUCUUAGUGGAGCUUUUCACUCACAGCCGCAAUCUCGCCGAGGAAAAGCUUGAGGAGAUGAUCAUUGCGGCAAGAAGUCAGAUGGAGCACACGGGGGAUUUGAAUGAUCCUUCGUCAAAGCUAUAG